AUGUCUUCCGCUCCUUUGCUCCAAAAGGCUCCCGGCAAAAAAAUCGCUCUGCCCACGAGAGUGGAGCCCAAAGUGUUCUUCGCCAACGAGCGUACAUUUUUGUCGUGGUUGAACUUCACCGUGAUGCUUGGCGGUUUGGGAAUCGGUCUGCUAAAUUUUGGCGACAAAGUCGGCCAGAUUAGCGCUGGUCUGUUCACGCUGGUGGCUAUGGCUACAAUGGUUUAUGCGCUGGUCACGUACCAUUGGAGGGCGUCUGCCAUUAGACGCAGAGGAUCUGGGCCAUACGACGACCGGUUGGGACCCACCGUUCUGUGCUUUUUCCUGCUCAUCUCUGUGGUGGUGAACUUUUUGUUGAGGCUGAAAUACGCGUGA